GAAGCAAUCGGCAUGCUUUCAGAUAUGAGAUGCGCUCGUUGCUGGUCAUGGCUGCGCGCUGGUUUAUGAAGAGCGUGCACAGAGCGUUUUUCUUUUUGGUUAGUCAUCGUAAUUGCCCGUCCAAUUAACCGAGGAUUAAACGCUAAAUUGUUUAAUGAAAUCUAGUUGGCAGGAAAGGACGGUGGCAGAGGCACAAGUGGAUCCGUCGUUGUCGUGGCUGUCGACGUCUACCUCUGAAUUACAAAAUGCUCGAAUAAAUUAAUUAAUCGUGGCAGAGCUGAAUGCAUUAGCGAUGAAGCAUUGACACGCUUGCCAGAACGCAAUCCUUAACAGUCAUGCAUUAGGACCUUGAAUAGUGCUUCGAGAUUAGUUUAUUUUAAACCUACUUCAAGCUUGGUUUUCAUGGCAAAAUUGGAGAAUUGUUGGCUCAACUUAGCCCGCCAUGACGAAAUGCUACAAGCAUCACCGUGGUGGGAGGUAUUAUGGUGAGCGACUGUCAAGUUUUAGAGAGUAUGCCUUAUUUCUGCAGAAUCUCACAGUUCGGGCAGGAAGAUGGCAUGAUCACAUUCCAAGAAUCUUAGCCUAAGGAUGAUUAUCUCAAUUUGUACUUAUCUCCUACUUCUGCUGUACGAAACGCAGGCUAUAGAACCAUCACAAUGUAUAGCCCCAUUAGGCAUGGAAUCGAAGGCCAUAAAAGACGAAGACAUCAGUGCCAGCUCUUCGUUCGAUAGGGGAAAUGUGGGGCCCCAUCAUGGCAGAGUAAGAAAUGAGCUGAACGGCGGCGCUUGGUGCCCCCAAACACAAGCCACUCCAGACGCUAAGGAAUGGAUCGAGAUCGACCUCCACACUGUCCAUAUCAUCACUGCCACUGAAUCCCAAGGCCGAUUUGGCAACGGACAAGGCGUUGAGUUUGCAGAAAGCUACAUGCUAGAAUACUGGAGACCACGUUUGAACAAGUGGAUCAGAUACAGAAGCAAAACUAACGGGGAGUUGCUCAAAGGAAAUAUCAAUACGUAUUUGGAGUCCAAGACUCAAUUGGAUCCGCCAAUCUGGGCGAGCAAAAUCAGAUUCUUGCCAUACAGCAGCCAUAAGAGAACAGUUUGCAUGAGAGUUGAGGUUUAUGGUUGUAAAUGGUCAGAUGGGAUAGUGAGCUACAGUAUGCCUCAAGGAGACAAGAGAGGAGGCAACUGGGAGUUCUACGACUUCACUUAUGAUGGACACUGGGAUGGAGAGAAGUUGAAAUAUGGACUUGGCCAGCUGGUCGAUGGCCAGCGAGGACCUGAUGAUUUCAAACUCGCUUUCCACCAAGAGAACAUGCAGGGCUGGGUUGGGUGGAGGAAUGAUACAAGAGAUAACAAACCCAUUGAGAUCACUUUCGAGUUCGACAAGAUUCGCGAGUUCAUCGGUGUUCAUAUCUAUUGCAAUAACCAGUUCUCCAAAGAUGUGCAGGUGUUUUCCAUGGCUCAGGUAUCCUUCAGCGUCGGCGGAAAACGCUACAAAGGAGAACCAAUUACAUUCGACUACAUCGAAGAUAGAAUCUUUGAAACACCUAGAAAUGUAUCCAUAAAGCUGCAUCAUCGAGUUGGCAAGUUUGUUAAGCUGCAACUACACUUUGCAUCACGCUGGAUACUUAUCAGUGAGGUCACCUUCGAUUCCCUUCCUGUCAGCGGCAACAUCACCGAAGAAGAAGAACGAGAAGAGGAAGAGCUGGAAGACGAACAGGUUGUAGCCCCCAAAAACCACUUCCCUACGCCUGCCAUUGAGACGCACAAGAAUGUUGUGAGUGCAGUGAAUUCGUCUUCUGGGCUGGGGCAGUAUUUGGGCGUGAUAGUGGGGAUUUUGUCAGUGUUAGUGGUGUUGAUGGUGGUGAUAGUGAUGUAUGUCGUGAUACAACAGCGAAGGUAUAAGUCGUCGCCUAGACCGUCACAGAUACCGGGUGGAUGUGAUAAGGCUGCGCUGUACAGGGAGCCCAGUCUGGGCAGGCUGCCGAGCAGUUCGGACUAUGCGGAUGUUAGAGACAACGAAUAUGCGGUACCACUGCAGCCACCGCCAACUCCCCGUGCCCCACCUGCUCUUCACAACUUCUUCCCCAAACCCCCUCCAGUGCCACCGCCGCCCGAGCGGUACUACGCAGCCACCGAGAUUUGCAAUACGGGCUUCGUACCACCCCCACCCCCCUUGAGCACGCCGCCUCCGUCGAGGAUGGGCCGCCAGCCCAAGUACAUUUCUACCACUAGGACCUACGUCGGACCCUAGGAUGACGCCCCUUUUCUGUGAUACUACCAGACACAUCUCUUCCCUCAAGGCACCUCACCAGUAGAGGACCCUUUUAGCUCGAUGUUGUUCAUCUAAUGUGAAAGGCUGAAGACUACCAAAUGUAAGGCUUAAAUUAUUUAGUUUUACUAUGUACGAUACUUCUGCUUAAGAUUCAAGACAAUCCAAUCUCUAUAUGUGGUAAUACUUCGAAGUAGAUGUUUGUAAAUAUCCCUAUUUUAAAUUAUGAACUCUUUUUACCUUUGUACAUACAUAUCCGAUCAGUAUUGUAAAUAAACGAGAAAUAUCGAUUAGCUUACUUGUUUCAUUUCUUUAUUGAAUGUAGCUUCUUCUAAGAUAACCGUUCCAAAAUAAAACCAACACCAUUUGUUGGGCCAGGGUAAGUAGCGCGCAGAGAUUGGUAACACAGUACACAGUAAUGAUCAUAAAGACCAAUUUCUAUGGAUAUCUUGAAGGGUAUAACCGUAUUUUCUAUGUUUCUCAGAAAACUGUUAGACAUAGAAAAGUGGCUAUAGUUUCCAGCUCAUUUUGGGGCAUGAGGCUCAAAUGCAUGGUGUGUGGCA